AUGGUAGAUUUGAUAGAGUUCAAAGUGUCCGUCCGUCAUUCUUUCACAACGAGAAAUGAGCUGAUCGUCAAAAGUACAGGUGUCGUACAAGGAGUAAACUUUAGAUCUUUCGUACAACGUCGAGCUAAAGAUUUAGGAUUAAGAGGUUGGUGUUGGAAUCAUCCUGAUAAAAGUGUUGAGGGUGUGGUCGUUGGACCUUCAGAUAAUGUCAGGGCGUUGAAACGAUAUCUUGAACAAGGACCCCCUGCGGCGGAAGUACACAAAGUAGAAAUGAUGAAAGAGAUAUCAGGAGCGAGUGAAUCCGACAUUGAAGCAGCUCUAGAUGGGGCGAAAGGAUUUGAAGUCAGACGACGUUCUUUCAAGAAGUAG